CUCUCUCUCUCUCUUUCUCCCCUGCCCCUCUUCUACUUUCAGAGACCCCAACCCCCAAAAACCCUUUCUUUCUUUCUUCUCUUCCUCUGCAACCCUUGUUUCAAUUAUCACUCUUUCUUGUUCUUGAUUGAGUCAUUCAUUAAUCUUGGGUGGGCUAUUUACAGAAAGAUGGGUUAGGCUUUUAGGGUUUAUUCGAGUUGGGUGGGAAAUGGAAUUUGGAAGGUUGAAGAAGAUGAAUGGCAGUAGAAAGAAUCAGAUUUCAGACUUCAUCUGUCAAUAACAAAAGAUCAAAAAAGCUGGAAAAUCAAAGGCGGGGGGGAAAGGCUCUGAGUCUGGAUCCUCAAAGGAAUCACAAAUUGCCAUCGGAGGAGGAGGAAGAAGACGAAGACGACCACCACCGGAAAAACCAGAACCAUAAUAAUAUCUUCCAUGGUCAUUCCCUUCAUCCUUACUUUCAACAAAUACAUGAACAACAAACCCUUCUUUAUACCGGUCUAGAAAACCCAUCUCCGCCGCCGUCACUUCCGCCGACCACGGCGGCUCAACCUGUUGUUGUUAAGAAACGCUCUUAUUACCCUUCUUCCUCCUCCCACGAGCAAAACAACGAACAUGCGAGAUUGUGUGAAAAGAUGGGAGGAGGAGAUAAUACCCAUAAUACCACCCAAUCCAAUCCGUCUAGAUUGGGUUUGAGACAUUCCGCCGGCGAGAUCGUCGAGGUUCAAGGCGGUCACAUUGUCCGUUCAAUCGGUCGGAAAGAUCGACAUAGUAAAGUCUGUACCGCUAAAGGACCGAGAGACCGCCGCGUUCGUUUAUCUGCUCACACUGCUAUUCAGUUUUACGAUGUCCAGGACCGACUUGGUUAUGACCGCCCGAGUAAAGCCGUCGAUUGGCUUAUCAAGAAAGCCAAAGCCUCAAUCGAUCAACUGGCCGAGCUUCCUGCUUGGCAUCCUACCACCGCCGGAAACUCGAAUUUCGACCGCCGGAAACAGAGUGAUGAACAAGAACCGAUUCCGGAAGACCUCGUCGGCCAAGACGGCGGCGGCGGUGGAGGUGGCGGUGGCGGUGGAGAAAGAGCGUUUCAGCAGCAAUUGCAGAUGGGUGGAGGUCAUAAUACGAAUUCAAGCUUCUUACCGCCGUCAAUGGAUUCCGAUUCAAUAGCGGACACAAUCAAGUCUUUCUUCCCGACUGGUGCUUCAACGGAGCCUCAUUCAUCUAAUACGGUAUCCUUUCAUAAUUUCUCCCAACCGGAUUUACUAUCGAGAAAUAGUAAUCAGAGUCAAGAUCUGAGACUAUCUCUUCAAUCUUUUCAAGAUCCAAUCCUCCUCCACCAUCAUCACCAACAACAACAACAACAACAACAACCGCCUUCAUCGCAGCACGCCGACCAAAACCUGUUCACAGGAACCCAACUGGGUUUCGACCCAUCAUCAACCCCAUGGUCAGAGCAACAUCACUCGGCGGAAAUUGGCCGUUUCCAGAGGCUAAUAGCUUGGAACACCGCCGGUUAUCCAACCGGCGGCAGUGCAGGGUUCGUUUUCAACCCACCUCCUCAAGCACCGCCGAUGUUGCAACCGUUGUUCGGUCAGAACCAAUUUCUUUCUCAGAGGGGACCCCUUCAGUCCAGUAACACCCAGUCUGUUCGUGCUUGGAUAGACCCGUCUUCUUUUUCCGCCGCCGCCGCCAAUUCCGACCACCAUCACCAUCAUCAUCAUCUUCAUCAAUCAAUUCCUAUUCAUCCAUCUUCAUUCUCAUCUAAUUUAUAUUCCUCAGGCGGGUCAGGAUUUACAGGGUUUCGUAUUCCAGCACGUAUUCAGGGUGACGAAGAGGAACACGACGGCAUCUCCGAUAAACCGUCUUCUGCUUCCUCCGAUUCUCGCCAUUAAUUGAUCUUCGACAGUGAAACUCUCUCUCUCUUUCUCUCAACUCCACAAAGGACCAACCAGACAAAAAGUAGUAAUCUUUUUAUCUAUCAUAGAGAAUGAAAGAAAGAAAGAAACAGAGAGAGCUUCCACUUCAAGUCAGUUCAAUUUCAAUGGCAACCAACAAACCUACCAACCAAUCAUCAUCCAUAGGAAGAAGAAGAACCCAGGUUUUUCAAUUCCAAUUUGUAGUAAUCCUAAUUUAUUAGCCUUUUUUUUUUGUUUUGUUUAAUUAACGUGUGUUGUUUCCGUUUAAACUCCUUUCUUGAUUUGAUGUUUUGAUGUUUGUUCUUCUUCUUCCUCGGAUUUCAUUUCUACCAUGAUUGGACCAUGAAAAAUCUAUCAAACUAUUUGCUUUCUAUUAUAAUAAUAUUAAUGUUACUGUUAA